UAUCGACGUUCGUGCUCGGUACAAGGACACAUCUCCUCUUGUGGCAGUUCCAAGUGAGCAGAUCAUCAUCGCCUAGCGAGCUGUCGUCAGCUUCCUCAUUGGUGCCCUCCAUGGAUAGGCUCGUCGCCGCCGGCAUCCUUGGCUUUCUACUGAUUGCGUCGGUAGGAAGCCAUGCAGCUCGUGCUCCGGAGCAAUACUGGAAGUCUGCUCUUCCCAACACUCCCAUGCCAAGCUCCCUCUCUCAACUCCUAAACAAUCAAGCCGGGGGCACGUCGGUGAACAUCGGCUCAGGCGGUGUCCAUGUCGACGCGGGUCAUGGGAUGCCCGGCGGCACGACGGUCGAUGUUGGCAAGGGUGGCGUCGGCGUCAACGUCAAGCCUGGCAGCGCCAAGCCCGGCAGGACUACGGUCGGCGUCGGCAAGGGCGGCGUGGGUGUCAACGUCAAGCCUGGCUACGGCAAGCCCGGGGGCACAACCGUGGGCGUUGGGAAGGGAGGCGUCGGCGUGAACGUGAAGCCUGGCGGCGGCACCACGGUCGGCGUCGGGAAAGGUGGCGCCGGCGUGAACGUGAAACCUGCAUACGGCAAGCCUGGUGGCACCGGCACCACCGUCGGCGUCGGGAAGGGCGGCGUCGGAGUCAACGUCAAGCCUGGCUACGGUAAGCCAGGCGGCACCACGGUCGGCGUCGGGAAGGGCGGCGUCGGCGUCAACGUCAAGCCUGGCUACGGCAAGCCAGGCGGCAAACCCCGGGGUAAGCCUGUCCACGUCAACGUCUCGCCUUUCAUGUACAACUACGCCGCAACGGAGACGCAGAUGCACGACGACCCCAGCGCCGCGCUCUUCUUCCUGGAGAAGGAUCUGCACGCCGGGAAGAAGAUGAACGUCCAUUUCAUGGCCACCCCAGGCGCCGGAGAGAAGUUCCUGCCGCGGAGCGAGGCCGACACCAUUCCGUUCUCCUCCGAGAAGGUCCCCGAGAUCCUCAGCCGCUUCUCCGUGCCGCCGGACUCCGUGGAGGCGGCGGAGAUGAAGCAGACGCUGCGCGAGUGCGAGGCGACGGCGGACAAUGGGGAGAAGAAGUCGUGCGCCACGUCGCUGGAGUCCAUGGUGGACUUCGCCACGUCCAGCCUCGGGACCAGCCACGUGAGGGCCGUCUCCACGGUGGUCGGGAAGGAGGGGUCGCCGGAGCAGGAGUACACCAUGACCGGCGUGAAGCGCGCGGCGGGGGCCGACCAGCUCGUGGCCUGCCACGCGGAGCCGUACGCGUACGCCGUGUUCGCGUGCCACCUGACGCAGGCGACGAGGGCGUACACGGUGUCGAUGGUCGGCAAGGACGGCACGGCGGUGGAGGCCGUCGCCGUGUGCCACGCCGACACGGCCGGCUGGAACCCGAGGCACGUGGCGUUCCAGGUGCUCAAGGUGAAGCCCGGCGCGGCGCCGGUCUGCCACUUCCUGCCGCAGGACCACGUCGUCUGGACCCGCAGCGGCUGAAGAAUCCAGGUCUGUUCACGUUCGUUCGUAAGCACCGUGCAGUUCAGUGCUUUGCUAUUUGGGUUGAUGAUGCCUGCGUUCGUUUACGUUCUAGCCUCUGCAGACGCUGCUGUGUCCUACUACUAUACGAGUAUAUGGUAUCUUGCAUCCUGGCAUACAUUUCCGUUGUUGUUGCCUAUUGUAUUUGGAUGGCGUUGCCAGUAUCGCCAGCUUGUGCGGAGUGAGGGCUGUUUGCUGUAUAGUUUAGCACGUUGAUGCAAUAAAAAGACUGGUACUUAUUUACCUCUCUUUUACCAUCAUUGAUCGACUUCAUGAUCAUCAAUGCUUGGAUUAAUGAUGUAAAAAGUACUUCGAUCGUCAAUGCUUCGAUUAUGAGGCUGGCUCAACUUAACCCGGCA